CGGGAGCGGGCGGAAGCGGUGGCGGCCGCCAUGAGCCGGCUGCGGGAAGAGGACGACCCCUACGUGGUGGAGGAGCCCAGCGACGAGGAGCGGGCGCUCAGCAGGUGCCUCUCGGAGCACACGGAGGGCGGCCGGGGGCUGCCCUUUCCCUCCGCUGCCCGCUGGGGCCGGUAACCGCAGAGGCCCGGGCCCGGCGCCUUGGGGGUGCGGAGGGGUCGCCUCCGUUGGGCUGAGGCUGGAAAACCGAGGGGCGCCCUGCUGAGCCCAGCCCGGCUGCUGUGGGGAGCCUCCCGGGCCCAGGAGGCAUAGCAAUUUCACCCAAAUCCGUGGAGAAGCGCCUCCUAAUAUGUCCCCGCAAUCUAGCUCGGAAGAUGAGGUGGACGUGCUCUUACAUGGCACUCCCGAUCAGAAGCGGAAACUGCUACGGGAGUGCCUGACCGGGGAGAGCGAAUCCUCCAGCGACGAUGAGUUCCAGAAGGAGAUGGAGGCCGAGCUCAACACCACCAUGAGAACGAUAGAAGGCAAAUGGAAAUCACCAGAAAUGGGUACUUCCUCAAGUACUGGGCAGACUGGACAUGCCACCACUUCGAAAUACUACGAUGACAUUUACUUUGAUUCUGAUUCAGAAGAGGAAGAUAAAAUGGUUACACAGGAUGCCCAGAAAAAAAGAAAACAUCAGCAACGUCGGAUUCUUUCCAAUGAUGAGCUGUUAUAUGACCCAGAAGAAGACAAUCGAGACCAAGCGUGGGUUGACUUACAGAGGAGGAGGUACCGUAAUCAAAGAAAAGGGCUGCGGCAACAGCAGACAAAACCUUCAGCUGUUCCAAAUAGCGAUGCUGUUUUGAAUUGCCCUGCCUGCAUGACAACGUUAUGCCUGGACUGUCAGAGACAUGAAUCUUACAAAACACAGUACAGAGCAAUGUUUGUGAUGAACUGCUUUGUUAACAAAGAGGAAAUUCUGAAAUACAGAAAGAAGCUAAAUAAAAGAAGUAAGAAAAUGAAGCACAGCAAAGAAACUACCUCUGUACAGUCCAAUCAAGAAGAGGAGGAAGUGUAUCAUCCAGUGUUAUGUACUGAAUGUUCAACUGAGGUGGCAGUGAUGGAUAAAGAUGAAGUUUUUCACUUCUUCAAUGUUCUAGCCAGCCACUGCUAAUAUGCAAAAGCAGCAAAAAAAAAAAAGUGCGCUGUUUAAGACAGUGUGAAGUAUCAGAAAUGCAGGCAUGUUAGCAUGUUUAAAAUACGUUCUUUUAAAUGUACAUUUUAAUUAGAGAACUUUAUAGCAGUUGGGUUUUUGACACUGUUGUUGUAUUCCUUUUUAUGAAAGGAAUAUGGUUAACUGCUUGCAUUUGAGAACAGUAUUCUUUCACGCUGUAGGUGGUUGCAUCAUUGAGGAUUUAAAAUUUUGUAAAUAAAAUGUAAGAUCUGUGUAUUAUGAUCAUUCCCUGUGUAUAUACUGCCCAUUAUCUCAAUAUGUAUUAGAACUGCUGCUUAGAAUAAAGAUGGUAUAAACUG